ACAGGGGCCGCUCUCUUUUCUUUGAAUAUGCAGUCUGAGGUUUUUUAUUUUGAAUAAAAUUUAAAGUCACUAGUUUCUAUGAAAAUAAGCACCUAAUUAGCCUUUGACUGUUUGAUUCGAGUGCCUGAGAGCCAACCGCCCGCCCCCGACCGCCCAAGCACCGCGGGCAACCUAAGGAGAGCCCCAAACGAUUGGAGGAAAUUGAUCAAAGACGACAGCGUGCCGCAAAACCCCAAAAGAGAGCGAGUCUCAGUGCGAGGUGCAUGCAGCACGUUGUAAUUAGGUUAGCAGCAUACAGCAGCACCACAUAACACGAUAACAUGGCACAUCAGCAGGGCAUGGACUCGGCCUUGUUCGAGCGACGACUGCGGCCGGUCUACGACAACCUGGAGGUGGGCAACAACCGCAAGGCUCUGCAGGAAUCCGAGAAGUUGCUCCGCAAACAUCCCACCCUGCUCUGCGCCCGGGCACUGAAAGGCCUAUCACUCCUCCGACUGGGACGCUAUGACGAAAGCCACGGAUGCCUCCAGACCGUUGCCGAGGAGAAGCCCACGGACGACUCCACGCUGCAGGUGCUAUCCUUCUGCUACCGUGAAAUGGAACAACUGGACAAAAUUGUGGAACUGUACCAACACGCUGUAAAGCAAAAUCCGGGCAAUGAGGAGCUGCUCGCUCACCUCUUUAUCUCCCAUGUGAGGGUGGAGGACUACAAGGCACAGCAGGCGGUGGCCCUGCAGCUCUACAAGGCUCAGCCGAAAAAUGCGUACUACUUUUGGUCGGUGAUCAGCGUAGUCUUCCAGGGAAUCCGUGGGCCAGAGUCGGCGUUACCCGAGAAGCGGAAAAUCUACUUGGGACUGGCGCAGCGCAUGGUCGACAAGCACAUCAAGGAGGGCAAAAUGGAGACGGAACAGGAGGCCUUUCUUUAUCUGCACAUCCUUAAGCUACAAAACAAGUACCAGGAGGCGUGGGAAUUCCUAACUGGUGAGCUGUGCGCGAAGUUGUACCCUGGUGCUCCAGUCAGCAUGAAGUUCGAGCUGCUCAAGGAACUGGGAAACUGGCGGGAGUUGAAUGAGCUGCUGCAGCAGCUGCUUGACGCAGAUCGUGACCGUUGGGACUUCUACAAGGAGUAUAUCCAAAGCUCGUUCGAGCUGCUUAGACUUACGACGCAGGGUGUGGAGAACGGGGAAAAGGACUCUCUGGCCAGAUGUCAGGAGUUUCUUCAGGGCAUCAUUGAUUCCUCAGAGCGCAAGAAAAGGGGUCCCUAUCUGGCACGGUUAGAGCUACACCAGCGCAUGCGAGCGGAGCAAUUGCCGGCGGAAAAACUAAUCGGUGACUUUGACGAGAUGGUCAUUGAGUAUUUCCGUCUGUUUGGCGACAAAUCGUGCUGCACUCAUGAUAUCGCCUUGUUCUUGCCUUCGAUCAGCAUGAACCAGAGGCAAGCGCUGGCCAGCAAGUUGUUGUUAGAGAGCGGAGUAACCUCCAUGUCGCUCCCGAAAAAUAAGGAGCAGUUGCAGAAACAUCUUUGUGCUCUGCAAAUCUCUCGAAUGUGCGGUUCCCACAUGGAUCUGCCUGUGGACCACCUGCUCGCCUUCUACACGGCCCUCAAGCUGCACUACGAACACGGCAGGAGUACUUUUGGUAAGAAAUUACUUGCCACGGAAAUGGGACCAUCGGAUGCAUACGCCUUGCUUGCGGCAAAUGUGAUGUACGACCUGAGUAGACGGGAAAAUAAGUCGGAUCACCUGUUCGAGGCUCUGUGCCUGCUGCAGUAUGUUCUGCGAAACAGUACGAGUAACUUUCACGUGAAACUGCUCAGUCUAAAGAUCUACCAUCUGUUUGGCUGCCAAGUGGGCGCACAAGAGAUGUACGAGUAUUUGGACAUUAAGCAGAUUCAGUUGGACUCCAUGGGCUAUGUGCACUGCCAACUAUUGCCCCUAGGUGGUCGGUUCUCGGGUAAUCGAAACGUGUACGAUGCCACCCUAAAGUUCUUCACGAACAGCUAUAAGGAGAGGUUGGAAUACAUUGCGUUAACAUAUCGCUUUUGCACGUUUUCUAAAAUGGAAGAGUUCAUGAACUUUAAGGAGCGGUUAACCAACAGCCUACAGUACGUGGCAUGCUCGGUGGAGGCGCAGAUCUGCGACUUGGUUGGUUGCUACGGCAAUAUCACGCAGAAUCUGACGGCAUAUGUUGCGAUGAGUAUUGAACCGGCGGAGGACAGGAUCGCUUGGCAUGAGUUGAGCGACAAUCGCGACUUGGAGGCAAUUAUCCGAUGGGAUCCGCUACAUGAGGUAGAUGCUGCGGAGGAGCGCAAGGAGUCAUUUGACCAGGAAGUUGAGGUGCUACAAGUACGCUCGCUGAUGCUUCGACUCUUUGCCUCUUUCAUUGACUUGUACCACGGCGCCGGCUUAAAGGAUUCGGCAGCGGUAGCGGACACGACUACCUUGGAACUCCUGCGAGAGUCCUGGACGGGAUUAUUCCAGAGAUUGCGGCUAAUGCACUACAAGCCUUUGGCGCAAAAAUUUCUAGUCAACCUGCUGCCCACACGCCUUCACCUGCUGCUCGACAUGCCAUAUGAACGAUUCUUUGACGACCUGGCCCAGCUGGUUCUUGACUUGCAGAGCGGGUCAGGAAAGCUGGCCGAGCAGUGCAAGCGGGUGGGUGACAACGUUAUUACGGUUAUGGAGCUGUGCGUGCAGACCAUUAACGAGAGCAACGAAAGUAACGGCAUGGACGGUCUGUGGAAGCGGCGUGGGAAGCAGCAGAAAGUGGCUGCCAGUUUGGAGAUACUAUCGCUGUACGCCUUCCUGCUGUCCGUGUUAAACGAUAAGCUGCAGGUCAGCUCAAAGACCAAGGCCAAGAAGAAGCCAGUAGAAAACAAGGUGGAUGGACCGCAACCCAUCAGCGAGAAGGAGCGCAGCCAGAUGUUGCAGGAGCUGAUGCGACAGCUGAAGCACAAGCUUGAGGCCUGCGAUGCGGCCAUACGCACCUGGAAGGCUCCCGUGCUGCCACGCGACCUGAGCUCCUUCAUGUCUGACAUGUCGUUGAAGCCGGAGGUGGAAGCCACGCUCAUCGGCGACGUUUCGGCCACCUUUAAGGACUCCCACGAGCUGAUGGUCACCGAGCUGCGCAAUCUGCUGAAGGACAAGAUACGCAUGGUGGCCAAGUAGAUGCUUCUUUGCUGUGCAAAGGCCAUCAGCCAAUCCGGCCAUCGUUGCCCAAACACAAUCCAAGUUCAUAGUUUGUUAUUUAAUUUUGUUAACGGAUACAACCGACCUCCUACUCCUACACCACAAUUAUCUCGAACACCAUAGCCAAGUCAGCACUUAUCAAUCAAUUUUCGGCAUUUCCCUCGUACAACAUAUAGAAGUUGUAAAAAGUGUAAAACAAAAAUUAGAAAAGAACAAAACAAAGAAAGAAGAUUGUGUACCGCUUUGCAAG